AGCCGUAAUCCCACGGUUCAAAUCUCUUCAUCUCAAAACCAACGGCUGAUGCCAAUUUCUGCCCUUUCUGUAUAAUCCCCCACCCCUUCCCCCAAUUUCUCUCUUUCAGUAAACCCUCCGCAUUUUUUCUCUCUAGGGUUUUACACUUUGUCUCGACGACCCAACAACAAAGACAACCCAUCCAAAGGUCAGAGCAAUGGCUUUCUUUAGAAGAGCUGGAAGUGUAUUACGGAGAACUGUGACUAAUAACCUCAAUCAGGAAAUCUCGUCUUCCAGACCUUCCAUCUUACAAGCAAUAAGAUGCAUGUCUACUUCAAAGGUCUUUGUUGGAGGACUAUCAUACAGCACAGACGACACAAGUCUGAGGGAGGCUUUUGAUAAGUACGGAGAAGUUGCUGAAGCAAGGGUAAUUGUUGACCGUGAAACUGGUAGGUCCAGAGGAUUUGGUUUUGUUACAUAUUCUUCUGCUGAGGAGGCAUCUGCUGCCAUCCAGGCUUUGGAUCAGCAGGAACUUCAUGGUCGUAGAAUAAGAGUGAAUUAUGCAAAUGACAGAACCCGUGGUUAUGGUGGUGGAGGGUUCAGAGGUGGCAACUUUGGUGGGGCAGGUGGCGGUUACAAUGCCGGUGGUUUUGGUGGGGGCUAUGGUGCUGGUGGUGGUUAUAAUAACAAUGAUGGUUAUGGUGGAAAUUAUGGUGGUGGCGGUGCUGGUUAUGGUGGCAGUGGUUAUGGCGGUGGUUCAAAUUUUGAUUCUGGGGCCAACAGUUAUGGAAGUGGCGCUGGGACCAAUGCCUAUCCUGCUGGUGGAGAGAGCCAAACUGGCAUUGACAAUUAUACAAGCAGUAAUAGUUAUGGUGGUGAGAACUUGAGCUACGGUGGUGAUGGUCAAAAUUUCGGCGUUGCUGGUGGUGUUGGGGGCAGUGACAACUUUUUCAGCAGUGGUGAGGGAGCUGGCAGCAGUGGGGUUGGGGACAAGCUUGCCGAUGAAGAAAGCAUUCAUAUUGGAGGUGCUGAUGAAGAUUUAAGUCAAGUUGGUCCAUUGGAGGGAAACUUCAGAGACGAUGAUGACACCCCUGACAACUAUGCUGAUAGAAGGGGUUGACGGAGGGUCAACUUAUUACCGGACUGAGACCAAUUCCUUUGGUAGAGAGGUCAUGGAAGCUGCAUUGAACUUUAUUUUAUUUGUAGGACUUGAUUUAGUUGUCUUUUCACUUCGAGAGUCUCUUGAGCUAUUUCUUCUUGUGCGUGGUUUAUGUUAGUGUCUUAAAAUUUAUAGCUCGAAUGUUGUAUUUGGUUCUUUUCAUGUUUAGUGUUUUUGAAUCAAUGUCACUUUCAGAAGCUAUCGA